GUUGUCCCGACAGGUACUUACAUUUCCUACCAAACUUGUUUGAUUUGCCCAAAACCUUCAAGAUCUAACGCCGUAUUAUAUAUUUUCAGAACAUGACGGAAGAUUCGCAGCGACGUACCCUGUACGUGGGGAACCUCGAUCCAGUCGUCACAGAGGAUCUUGUUUUAACCUUGUUCGGUAAACUAGGAGCGUGCAAAGGAUGCAAAAUCAUCCAUGAGCCUAAAAGUGAUCCAUACUGCUUCAUAGAAUUUGCCGACUCCAGUUCAGCAGCUGCAGCCCUUCAGACAAUGCAUGGCAGGAUAUUAUUUGGGAAGCGCAUGAAGGUGAACUGGGCAACGUCACCGAGUAAUCAACCAAAACAAGACACAAGUAAACAUUUCCAUAUAUUUGUUGGUGAUUUGAGUCCAGAUGUGGAGACACAUCAACUUAAAGAAGUAUUUGGGGCAUUCGGGGAAGUGUCAGACUGUAAAAUUAUCAAGGAUCCUCAAACACAAAAGUCCAAGGGUUAUGGCUUUGUUUCCUACAUCAAUAAGCCUGAUGCAGAAGAGGCCAUUCGAGAGAUGAAUGGCCAGUGGCUGGGUAAUAAAGCAAUUCGGACAAAUUGGGCGACACGGAAACCCCCUGCCCCUACUCCCAAAGAAGGCACCCACAAACAGAUGUCCUUUGACGAGGUAUACAACAUGUCCAGUGUGACUAACACUACAGUAUACUGUGGCAACAUUUCCAGCGGGCUCACACCUGAGUUGAUGACAAAAACGUUUUCCAAAUUUGGUAAAAUAGUAGAAGUUCGAGCAUUUCCAGAAAAGGGUUAUGCUUUUAUAAGAUUCCAUACAAAGAAUGAUGCCACAAAUGCUAUAAUCGCCAUGAAUGGGGAGACAGUUAAUGGUUGUGUUGUGCGAUGUUUUUGGGGCCGCGAAUCUGCUGAUCCGUCAACUCAGAGUGUUCCUCAAGCAGUGAGCUCGCAGCAGCAGUUGAGUCAGGCUAAUUACCCGUAUUACAGUCAGGUGGGCUAUUGGGGCUACCCUACAGCUGCCACACCCAACCAGUACCAAAACGUGUCCCAAAGUACAAACGCUGCGGCGUUCAUCCCUCAAUGGCCUCCUGCUAGUUAUAACUACCCGGCAGCAAACUGGGUGAAUGUUCCGACGGGGAUACAGCAGUGGGGACAGCUCCCUAUGCAACCCACACAACAACAACAGUUCAACAACGGCCAGCAGCAGGGAGUGCUGGGAUAUCCCAUGCAGCAAGGUAGGACAGCCAUGAUGGGAAUCCAGAGUAUAGAAGAUCUUCCUCUUGAUUUCAGUGGCUUAUGAGCAUGACCUCGUGCACAUGGCUAUCAACAAGCUCAGUGACUGUUACCCUGACUAGGCUCAAUUGUUCUACCUGUGACUUAGAGGUCUGUGUACAGAACUAUAGCGAUACACAGAGCGAACAUGGGUCAUACUGACCACAUUCAUACACAUGCAGACAGACACUCAGACAGACAGACAAACUCUUUUCUCUAGCCCUGAUAUCCUCAACUGCCGGACCCUGUGGCUGCAUGGCUAGGCAGUGAAGCUGUGUGGGGAAGGAGCCGAGGGGUAGGGCCACGGCGUCAUGAGGGUAAGAUGUGGAGAGAUGGGUAGCCUCAGCAUGGCCUGGACCUCCUCUCCCACACUGGCUUAUCCCACAUCAGGAUCCAUGCAACUCUGUACAAAGACUUGUUGACUAGGAAACAUGUCAUACGACAGUGUUUUAUUUUAUAGUUGCAAAUUUUCUGUUGCAUAUACAAAUUAAUCUGUCACUUUGAUACUAAACUUAUAUCGUUAUUAAGGAACUAAUUGGCUUUUUUCAUCUUAUUGCCUGUUUUAUACGAAAUCAAUAUUUUUGUUCAAUAAGUUUCUUGUAAUAUUUCCUACCAUUAAGUUAAGGGAAAUAUAAGCAAGCUCUGUAUUUUGAACCAAAGUGAGAUUUCAACAUCCUUGCUUUUUAUUUAAUUUUUUUUUUUUAAAUGUGAUUUGUUAAGAAUAAAAUUGUUUGAAAUAGAUGACUAUGAUAGGAAAAAGCUGGAAGCAAGUAUCUAUUUUCAUACAAGCUGUUAACAUUAUCAUGAUGAUAACCAUUUCCACAGCAGGGGAUUUCCCUUUUCUCAGUGUACAUAGUCAAACGGUGGAGUUACAUGCUACAGUGAAGAGUAUCAUGAUGGGCUAGUAGGAGGGGUUACUUAGGGGCUUUCCCAGCCUCUGACCAGGAACUUCACACAGCUGAGGAGCUUGCAGUAGAGUGUAAGGUGGAGCCGAGGGCUGCACCAGUCUCUGUGAACCAACUUGCCACAGUGCAGGCCUACAGUGCAGGUCUACUGCAGGCUGGACCCCAGCAUGGAGUACCUCCUAACUUGUAUAUAGAUAUACAUAUGUAGUAUUAGGAUCAGGUGACUGGGUUAGCUACUAGAUAAAUGUAUCUGAUAAAAAUAUAAAAAAUAUCUGUAUACAUAAAUAUAUAUGUAUAAAUAAAGUAUAUGUAUAUUAUAUUGUACCUGUAGUGUACUGACAGUUGUUCAGUGAGUUCUGAUAUAAAUGCAGAUAUAAAUCGUAAGAGAGGGCUCUGCUAGUGGUAUUUCGUUUAUGUACUGUGACCACUGGAGUUAUUACAACAAAUGUUUUUGUAAAUAAGAGCAUAGCUAGAUAAAUGAAAUAUUAUUGUGUAUUGUGAAUGUAAGACACACCUUCCUGGAGGCAUGCAGGCCAUCUGAGUGUCAGGGGUCAGAGGUCACCUUUACAGGAGUUAAUACAGGAUACAUGUAAUUUCCUUGUCAUUCAUAUGCUCAUAGUUUGAACUAAAGUUGGAGUAAAGAUUUUAAUCUGAGACAGUGGAAUAUCCCACACAUUAUUGCUGCGUGGGGUAAAGAUCUCAAGAUGGAAUUGCAUCAAGUUUUAGGUAGUCUUUAGCAGAAAUAAGGGAUUAUUCUGUUGUUUUAUAAAUCUGAGGUUCAUGUUCCACUUCAAUUUGUUUUCUGUGUAGUUUUCAGAAAUGUGAAGUUAAAUGUGACCCUAGGUUGAAAAGGUUUGUUCAUUGUCCCUGACAUCUGAAGGUACAUUCUGGUGAUACCUGUAAAAAUCAUACAUUCCUAGUGAUCUUUUCUGACCAUUUAUGUGGCCCAUUGCCAUUGAUGAGAGUCAUCUUGAUUUUUGAGAAGUAGUGGGAAAUUAGGUUGAUAGCAUGAGACUCUGAUGGGACUCUGAAGAAUGAGAACAGUCCCCCGAGAAAUCCAAGACUCCAUACAAAUUAUCAUUUAGUUAGAGCUUCUCACCAAGAACCAGUUAUUGAUGCAAUGGGAUAAACUGGCAAUGCUAUGGAUGCUGACUGUUGUUCUUCCUGGGAUGAUGAUUAGUACCACAGGUAUUGGGUAUUGCUCUUUGAUCUUUAAUGGGAUUCACUUUUGGUCUUCAUUCGGGUUGAUGUGCAGUUCCAGGAGGAAUCAUCAAGUGAACCCAGGGGUGAUUCCCUGGAUGUCCCAGUAGGAAUUGAUCAUGUUUCUGUGGUUCCAGUUAGGAAGUUCCCUCUUCAUGGUUGAUGACUGACCCAGCUCGACACCUUCACAUCCAUCUCAUAUUUAUGUCUAACUUACAUGCAUGUGUGAUGUGUACAUUAACAUGCCAUUUGUCAUCCAUUAUUCAUCAUGUUGGUAUGGAUCGGCCCGGCAAUGGCUGAGGGUCAGGGUGCCGUCGGUUGUGCGUAGAGUUAACGCCCAUCCCGUGCCCUCAAGCGAUCUCCAGGUGGGUGUGUCACUAUAACUUGUUAGCUGAUCAGUAUGUGGACGAGAGUGUGAUACACUUCUCGUAAAUCCCUGAUCUAGUGGGUUCGUGUCAUGUGUAGCGAAUAACAUUGUCUUAUUGAAAUCAAUUUUUAUUUGAAGAUAACUGUCCCAGUGGGGAGACUUGUACAGAAGAGAAGAAAUCAUUGUGACCUGUACAGAACAGUGGUGGGUCCAUUUUCAUACUGACAAAUGUCUUGGUUGAUGUUGUGAACAUACGAAUACCUGUGUUACUGUAAUUAUCAUUGUGAAAUAGAACUGUUGUUUUUGUUGUUCCCGGUAUUAUGACGUUGUACAGCAAUCCAACCCAUUUAUAAGACCCGUAUCCUUGUAAAAAAAAAAAAGUUAUCAAACUGUUGGUGAAUGAACCAUUAUCUUUCAAAGGAGACAGUACAUGUAUAAGUUAUUACAUAAUGUUUUUUUUUUUAUUAUCAUUAUUAUUAUUGAAAACCAGCUAUGUAAAUUACUGUAUCGAGGCUCAAAAACGGUUGACUUUCCCUGUUCUAUGAAUCACAAUGUAGUGUUGCUAUAUUAGGAGCUAGUCGGAGCUGAGACCAUCGGGCUUGUACAUUUAUCAAACAGUUGUGUGACUGCAUGAAGUUCCUGACUGUGCGGGGUCAUUGUGUGGCUCAGGCAUCUUGUUUCACAUGGGUUGUUCAAGUAACCUCAUCUUUAUUUACUCAUUCUACCCUGGACCCUUUCAAGAUAACCCCUCUUGGGAACCAUGACUAAAGACAUUGGUCACCUUCCGUGGUCACCGGAGGGUGGGGUUGGGGGGCAUUCGCAGCGUCUCCUGGCCCUCACUAUCAUUUUCCUUACCCCAUAUAUUAUAUGUUGAUGUAUGAGAACAGCGUUGUUUUGACAAAUUCAUGCGUUUUCAGGAUGUUCCUAGUCGUUAGUUAUAAUUCCAUAGGAAUGCCGGCCUGGUUGACCUCUGGUGACCCGGAAAUGGUAUAUCCCCCAAUUGUCUGUCUCUGUCAAAGUUCAGCACGGCUCGCCGAUCUCUGAAGAAAUCAUGUUUACAUAGAAAAAGAUAUGAUCAAGCCGACAAGGGCUGGGCCGUAGAGAAGACUGUAGGGUGUUGAAUGAACA